AUGGCCGACUCGACGACUGGCCCACCGGCCGCGGAGCCCCAAAGUCCCUCUGCAAACACCGCAAAUACCGCGAACGCCGCAGCUUCGCCAUCCGCCUCUCCUGUCGCAACCCCCCCGGCUGCAACCCUUCCAACAGGAUCAGCCCAGCCUGCCGUGACUGAUGAGGGCGAGGCAACCAGGAAUGAGUCUGCGACCAUCCCUGCCGAACCGAACUCAAAUGCCAUCACCUCAACUGAACCCCCUCUGACCAUUUCAGAACCAUCUGCGUCUGAGCCAAACGAGAUCGCUCCUGCUGAAGAAGUUCCGUGCAUCGCUAGUGUCCAGUGCAAUUAA